AUGGAGGGUGUGAGUCACCUCACGGGAUUGAUGCGGCCUUACUUUGAGCCUGCGGAGGACCAGGAGACGCGAGAUCGUCGGCUGGAUGCUUUCCGUAAGCAUAAGUCACCUUCCUUUGAUGGAUCCUAUGAUCCAAUAGUUGCUGCUAGAUGGCUUCAGGCCCUGGACAAGAUAUUCAGGGUGAUGCAAUGUACUGGUCCCCAGAAGCUGAUGAUUUUUAUGCCCACACCGGCAUUUUUGGCUUCUAAGUUCUGUAGGGGACUUAAUGAGGAUAUAGAAGACAGGAUAACAGGAGCGGCAUCCCGAGACUUUGGAACAUUAGUUCAGCAGUGUCAUGAUAUUGAGGAUAUCAUCCUAGGCAUGGACUGGUUUUCCAAGAAUUGUGUGAUGAUUGAUUGUUAUGCUAAGAAAAUGGUGAUUUCUCCGUGUGAUUCCACUGCCAGUUCUUCUCUUUAUAUAUCAGUGCUGCAGGCUAGGAGAGCCUUGAGAGCAGGGGCAUUUAGUUAUGUCUUAUCAGGAGGUUUGGUGAGUGGGACACAAGAGGAUAUUACCGGCAUUCCUAUGGUGAGGGAAUUCCUCGAGAUGUCUCCACCUGAGUUAGCAGAGUUGAAAAAGAAUAUUGAGGAGCUUUCCGCGAAGAACUUCAUUCGAUGGAGUAUGUCUCCAUGGGGAGCAUCGAUCAUUUUUGUUAAGAAGAAAGAUGGGACAAUGCAAUUGUGUACCGACUAUAGACAGCUGAACAAGGUGACAAUCAAGAACAAGUAUCCCCUCCCUCGUAUUGACGAUCUAUUGGAUCAACUUAGAGGUUCACUUCUCAAGAUGGAAACUGUUAGAGUUGAAAAUGAGCUGAUGGAGAAGAUCAAAGAGGCACAGGUGCAAAGAAAGUGCCUUGAUUAUGUGAAAAACCAAUAUGGUGUAUCUUGGAAUGAGGAUGAAUUAUUGAUGUUCCAAAAGAGGAUUGUAAUUCCUAGUGGUCCAUUGACUGAGGAGGUGAUGACAGAGGCUCAUAAGGGUCAAUUCACUGUCCACCCUGGAGCUACAAAGAUUUAUCAAGACCUGAAGAGAAAUUUCUAG